GGUUGCCCCUAAAUUCUCCUUUUCUCGUAUUCUAUGUUGGCGCCAUGAAAUGAAUCAAUCUUUGUCUCAUCUUCUUCAGAGCUGCAAAACUCUCAGAUCCUUAAAAUCGAUUCACGCACGCCUUUUGAUUGAAGGCUCAAUCGCCUCCUCGGACCUCACUCUCAACAAAAUCCUCCGCCUCUACUCGCGUUUCGGUGCCACUAGCUGUGCUCAGAAGCUGUUCGACAGAAUUGCUCAACCAAAUUCCUUUCUCUGGACAUCGGUAAUUCAUGGGUACGUUGAAAAUUGUGAAUAUGAAGAGGGUUUGGCUCUGUUCUCCCGGAUGUGGAGAGAAUCUGUUGAACCUUUGAAUUUCACCAUUUGUUCGGUGCUAAGAUCUUUAGCUCGACAAACACGACCAAGAGAUGGAGAGGCAGUAUAUGCUUUUGUUUUAAAAUGUGGUUUUGGGUAUGAUUUGAUAGUGCAAAAUGCAACGCUUGAUUUGUUUAUGAGGUGCAGAAGAGUUGAUUUUGCGAGGCAGGUGUUUGAUGAGAUGGAUGAAAAAGAUGCUGUUUCUUGGAAUUCGAUGAUAUCUGGCUAUGGGAAUAAUGGUAGAGUUGCUGUUGCUCGCAAGUUAUUUGACAGCAUGGAUAAUAAGAAUGUGAUCUCAUGGACGAGCAUGGUUUGCGGAUAUGUUAAUGCUGGUGACAUGGCAGAGGCACAAGCUCUUUUUGAGGCUAUGCCCGUCAAAGAUAGGGCUUCUUGGAAAGUGAUGAUCUCGGCGUAUAUGGAAGCUGGUAACCUCAAUGCUGCUUGCUUGGCUUUUGAAGCAAUGGAAAUCCAUGAUGUCGGGACUUGGAAUCUAAUGAUCUCAGGCUUCUUCAAAGCAGGACAAAUAGAAUUUGCAAAGGACUACUUUAAUAGAAUGCCAAGCAAAAAUAUUGCAUCAUGGGCCAUAAUGAUUGAUGGUUAUGUCAAAGCUGGAGAAAUUGAUAAUGCUAGGUGUUUAUUUGAUCAAAUGCCUGAGAAGAAUCUAGUGACUUGGUCUACAAUGAUUGGCGGUUAUGCUAAAAUUGGGCAACCUCGUUCUGCCUUGGAAUUAUUUGAGAGUUUCAAGAAGCAAGGCAUAGAACCAGAUGAAACAUUUAUAUUGGGAAUCAUUUCAGCGUGCUCACAGCUUGGAAUUUUAGAUGCAGCUGAGUCUGUUAUUCAAAACUACGUUGGGCCUUCACUUUGUUCUAAUUUACAGGUUACCACUAGUCUGAUAGAUAUGUAUGCUAAAUGCGGAAGCAUUAGGAGGGCCUUUCAAGUGUUCGAAAUGGCUUAUCAUAAAGACUUGUUCUGUUAUAGCACCAUGAUAGCAGCCUUUGCAAACCAUGGAUUGAGUCAUCGUGCAAUUUCUUUGUUUAAUGAAAUGUGCAGCGUGAACGUAAAACCCGAUGCAGUGACUUUUCUUGGUGUCUUGAUUGCUUGUAAUCAUGGAGGCCUUGUCCAAGAAGGAAAGGAGUACUUUAAGCAAAUGACUGAAGAAUUUGGUAUUCAACCAUCUGAAAAGCACUAUGCAUGUAUGGUUGACCUUCUUGGUCGUGCUGGUUGCCUUGAGGAGGCACACGACCUUAUACGCAGCAUGCGAGUAGAAGCCACUGCAGUUGUAUGGGGUGCUUUACUUGCAGCAUGUGCAGUCCAUGGCAAUACCCAGCUUGCCGAAAUUGCAGCAGCUGAGUUAUUCAGAAUUGAGCCAGAUAAUUCUGGUAAUUAUAUUUUAUUGUCCAAUAUUUAUGCUGCUUCUGGACAAUGGCAUGAUUUUGCAAAAGUGAGAGCAAUGAUUAGGGAAAAACGGGUGAGGAAGAAUCGAGGCUCUAGUUGGAUUGAGCUGGGCUCUGUAGUCCAUGAGUUUGUUACAAGAGAUGUGUCUCAUUCUGAGUCAGAUCACAUAUACUUGAUAUUAUACUUACUCAAGGAAGAUAUGAAGUUUGCAGGGAAUUUAAUUUAUUUCAAACAGAGUGAUGAUGCAGAACUUGUAUAAUGAAAAACUCACGUGUCAAAAUUCUGAAAUUUAUGGGCCGAGAGAUCAAUGCUAGCGGGAACUGUGUGUUGGGUUUUCAAACAGUCUUUACUUAUAAAGUAACCUGGGAGCUUGAUGAGGGGAAAUCAGAAAUGAUCAACCGAUAGGAAAAACCAGGGAUCUGAUCUGGCCUCCAGAGUAGAAAGAAAGGGCGUUGGAUCAGAUUAAGGGAAAUUAUUAGGGCAAAUCCAUAUUUUUGUUAUUGUACUUUUACUGUAUUUUUAUGUUUUUUUUUUUCAUGUGAUCAAUUUAAUUUUUUAUUAUUUCAAUUACACAUUUGAACUUGAUUUUUAAAUCAAUUUAAUAAUG